UUCCUGCGUCACAAGCACAACUCAACGCGCAAGUGUUUUUUUCUCAAUUGCUCUCGGAAGUUUUUUAUACAAUACAGCUACGGCAACAAAUAAUAUCUUAAGAACAAUACCGCGACAAUAAUAAUUAACAAUGGCUGAAGAUGUUCUAAUAACUUUUAUGCCCAACGAGGUUAUUGAAUUGAUCAUGGAAAAUGACGAAUUAAGCAUACAAGAUACUGUCAAUUUUUCUCUCAGUUGCAAACAUUUACACAGGAUUGUUUUUGGUAGUAACAAAUUGUGGAGGACAAAGUUCUUUAUGAGAUGGCCUCUUCUUAAAGAAACAUAUUGUGAAUAUGAGAAACACAACAAAAUAAAAAAUUGGUUGCUUGAGGUUCAAGCUAGCUAUGAGAGUAGAAAAAAACUCAUGCAAAAAUUAACCAAAAUGUCAGCAAAAUAUUAUAAAAAGCAAGAGCUUUCACAUUCUGAAUUUGAGGACUUUGACCCAUUGUUCCGUCCAGAUAAGGGGUCUCAUCCAUUAGCAUAUCAUUUUCUUGUAGAUGAACUAAUUACUUUGAUUGAGCAUCCAACAAUGCAAAAUCUUACUGAUAAGUAUUAUGCUUAUAAAAUAGUGAGACAUUUGAAACAAAGUUAUUUGACAGACGAAUGGCAUAGAUUUAUUACAUUACCAUCCGAGAAACAACUUUUAGAGCAAGGAGCUACUCUGGUAGCACAAUGGAGUCAACCAGAAAAACAUGUAAGAUAUAGCUAUAUAAGGGGUAUGCUAGAUGAUAUCGUAGAACAAGCUAAAGAAGUGCUUAAAGAACGAUACUCUUCACAUCCUAUAUUUGCAACACCACCAGAGACAUUAGAAUACUGGAAAAAUAAUAAUAUCGACGACAAUCAGUGGGCACCUGCUGAGACAAAACAAAUAAUGGCUGCUUUAUGUGAAGUGAUGUUUAAUAAAUUAGAUUUUCACGGAAAUAGCGAGAUGUAUUAUUCAGCUGAAAACUCAUUUAUCGAUAGAGUACUUGAGCUUAAACGUGGUAUUCCUAUUACAUUGGCUAUUGUGUUUGAAAGUAUUUGUCGGCGAGUCGGGGUAAAGUGUGAGCCGAUUAGUUUUCCAGCACACUUUUUGCUGCGAUGGAAAGAGAAAUAUACGGGAAAUAGUGACACAGAUAGCAUUGAAAAUUUUUAUAUCGAUGUAUUUAACGGCGGUCAAUUUUUAACUCGACAAAAUUGUCCACGUCUUGGUGGAGUAUCAAAGUGUCCAAUAGAACGAUACAAUAUUCAUCGUCCAGCAACUGCAAUAGAAGUUGUAGAAAGAAUGGCGAACAAUUUAGAGGUAGCAGGCAGGCAGCGUACCCAUUUAAAUGGUAGAGCAGCGAGAUUACGUUCAGCACUCGAACUGUUAUAUAUGGUCCGACCACAUGACACUGGAGUGAUUCUGCACUUGGCGCGAUUCUACAUGUUGUAUCAAAUGGAUUUGACUCAACUGGUAGAUGUACUGACUUACUUGAAAAGGGAUGCUGAGCUAACAUCGAGGGGACCAGCAAAUCAUAUACUACAAAUGCUCCAGGAUUACGAGAAACGUGUGGUGAAUGACGAAAUAAUUGAAGUCAAAAAACGAACCGCUAAUGUAAAAUUUGCUAUAGGUAUGAUAAUGGAGCACCAGAAGUACGAUUACUUAUGUGUUAUAACUGGCUGGGAUUUAAAAUGCGAAGCAUCGCCAGAAUGGAUAACCGAAAUGGGUGUCGACGAAUUGAGUCAUGGUGCUAACCAACCGUUUUAUAAUGUUUUUGCACAUGAUGGAUCAUCACGAUAUGCGGCACAAGAAAAUUUAGUUAUGGCUGUAAAUCCCGUGUGGAUUGAUCAUUAUGAAACUGGAAGGUACUUUUGUCAAUUCAAAGGAACGCACUAUGUCCCUAACGAUGAAAAAGCAAAAGAAUAUCCGGAGGAUGUCAAUGUUAGAGACGAACUUAUAACAAGAUACUUUUAAAGAUUACUGAAGUUUUUUUUUUAAUACAAAAACUAUUUAUACAUAAUUGCGUUAAUUGUACGAAGCGAUAACGCCAUUAUUGAUUUCUGUAAAGUUUGUAUUUCUACUAAUUUAAUUGAACAUAUUAAAAAUAGAGGUUUUUUCAUUAUUGUAAUAUAGAAUGCUAAAAUUCUAUAUUCAUCUUAAAAAGAGUAUUAUAGUCUUAUGAAAAUUGAUAUUUAACAGAACUACGUUAUUCGUGGAUUACAUAAUGAGUAUUUUCUAUGAAAAUAAGAAUCACCAUGUAAAAUACUCUUCGAUAAUUUGUUUUUAAGUCAAUGUCAGAUUAUUGACAUGUGUUUGAAACGAUUGCUAAUAUUCCAGUUCUUAGAGUUCACAGUUUAUAAUUAAACUUAGAAAAAAUGAUUAAAUUGACAAUUUUUAUAUGUAAUAACCGAAUAGACACAAAAAAAAACUUUAGUACUGAUACUUUUUACGAGAUGGAUCUAAUUAUAUUAUUUGUUACAAAAGAAUUUCAUUUAGAUGCUAACGUGAAAAGAUUGUUGAUCAUGAAUAGUCUAAUUUUACUAUUGUUCGUUUAGCAACUAAAUGAGUUACAGUUAAAAGUAUACUCCAUACAAGCAGCCUCCUAGUCUACAAAAGUUCUUUUCACCUGCAAAUAUGUUCGAACCUUACGUUAUUAUUAAUGUACACUUUAUAUAUAUUCUACUAAAUUAUCAAUUGUAUAUUUAUUAUUCACCUCUACACGCGUUAAUUGCAUCAUCGAAAGUCGUUGUAAAUUUCUUGUUUGGGUCUGCUCGAAAAACAGGCUCCGCGAGAGUUCCUUCCGGUGUUAUCUGAAUUGUAAAACACAAUAAUAUUAAAAUUGCAAUA